AUUGUAAUUAUGCAAUUAUAUAAAUAUUGUGUUGGUAGACUAUAUAUAUAUAUUAUAUACAUGUGUACUAUUCUAAGUUUAUAUAAGUGACUUCAGCUUAUGAUGCGAGUGAUAACUUAAAAGCCACAUAUACAUGUUUAAAACGCCUAACGAGUUUGUUACUAGAUCUCCAUAAACUUAUCCAUUUCUCAUUUCAAAUGUAUGUAUACUGGCUUGGCUUAAAUCAAGUUAAUGAAGAUAAUUUUGUAAAUACGUUUUUACAUUCAUUUGACAUAUUUUCCGCAUCAUACUUGAUGAUUUUGAGUUAUAUAAAGAGCAAAACAUGUUAUAAUAAAUAAAAAUAAAAAUUGAUACUGAAAUUCUCUUUAUCAAUACUAAGAUUCAGAUUUGGAAGAGUACUUUGAAUUAAUUUUCUGAUACCGCGUAACAUGCUAUAUGCGUACGAUAAAAUCGAUCAAACAAAAGUAGGAAAACACAUUGAAGUGGUGACGACUAUCAUAAUUUGUUUGGAAAAUGAUAGAAUUUAUUUAGGAUAUAUUGAAGAGAAAAUAUUUUCAAUUCCUGAUUUUUCAUGUGAAUUUUACAUGAGCAUAAUUUAUUAAGAAAUCUUUAUUAAGAAAUCUCUUUUUGACAACAUGAAUUCUAAAGCGAAAUCUAGCUCGUCAACGUUCUUCCCGUCUCUACAAUCGGCGAACUGUCAAACGUUUGACAGAAAAGACGAGUUUAUUCGUGAUGAAAAAAUUGAUCCCGUUGAAAUACUGCCAAGCAUGAUCAAUAAAUUAUCUAUCAGUGAAAGUACAAAACGAGAUAUCACGAGUAAAUUAAUUCAAAAAGCUACAGUUCAAGAAGAUAUUACGGAACACAAUUUCAAAAGAAUAAUGACAUUUUCAUAUGACAUUGAUGGAAUGUCUCCUGAAGAACUGUACGCUUCUUUGAAUAGAAUUACAGAAAAUCCACAACAGCCGUUUUCAUUUUUAGCAAAUAUUUCCAACGAAAUUGCUGACAAUCAAUCGUCAAUAAAGACGGAGAAAGAAUCUACAGAAAUUGAUAUACAAUUAGCUGCUGUAGCAAAACGUAUCGAAUUGAGUAAAAUUUUAUUGGACAAAACUAAAUCUUAUGUAGAAGAUAUACGUCUUCGCGCUAAACAAAAUAUUUAUCCAUCGUUGGAAAUAAAUGGCUGUAAGUAA